AUGCUCAGUGUCCGUCUGAGUGCUGGACAGAAAGUCAAAGUUGACGACAGAAGUGCGGCUAGACAGUCGCAGACGCCCGCGUUCUGCAGGUGGGACGGCUUCCACCUCGACGCGAUUGGGGCGUCGGCGCUGCACACAGCUACGUGGCAGGGCAAGGACAAGAUCGUGGAGUACCUGCUGGAAGAAGGCCUCAGCCCGGACACAGACGACGGUACUGGCACGACCCCGAUCAUGCUGUCGAUCACGCACCACAACCUGCAGGUUACGCGCUGCCUGUUUCGUGAUCGUGUGGCCAUUCAGCGGAACCUUAUCAUGGAUUGUCGAAAUGAAGACGCUGAGAGGAACCGCCGAACUACCGACAGGAUCCAACUCUUCCUCCGUUUUGGGGCUGAUGUGAACAAACAAUGCCUCGGUGGCAAAUCAGCGCUGCAUUUUGCUACAACGGACGACUCGUACGACGCUGCCAGUCUGUUGAUCGGACAUGGAGCGUAUAUCAAUGUUCAAGAUGAGGUGCGGAUUUCUGUAGUUGAGUGA